AGUUGAAGUUGUGUCUGUCGCACUGGUAGGAGAUGGUGUCAUCAGCUGCAUUUGAGAAACAGAGACAGAAUCAUCAUCACAAGUCCGUAAGAGCUAAAGAUUGAAAUCCUGUCUAAAACAAUGAAUGGAACUCUAUCUCAAAGUGAUGUAAAAUUUGCCUCACAAGAGGAGCAGUUGCCUUUUGGAAACAUGGAAAGCCUGAGAUUUGAAAGACAGCGAUCCCCUCAGAAGCUUGAUGUGACCCUCACUGGAAUCUGUCCAUGGAUAGAAACUGAGGCAAAAACUUGGAAUGAGUUACGAGGAUCACUAGCGAUGCUAAAAGCUGCCAAGAAGAUGCGCUGUAGGAUUCAGAGGAUUGAACUUGAAAAUUCCAACUUAGUCGUCACUAUUGAAAAACAAGCAAGAGAAAUGAAAGCACUUGGUGAAAAACUGUUAAACACAGGAAUCAGUGUGGUGGAGGCAGCACCGGAAGGAGAACCGGGGGCGACAAGGGAAGACGUUGCUGCAUCGUGGAGUCAGAUGGAGCUGAUGGAGCUCACAUCUGAGCUUGCUAAAGCAAGAAUGCAAAAUGAUUCUUGUAAAAUGGAAGUACAAAAAUAUAAGGAACUCUAUCUAAAAGAAUUAAGAAGUAAUAAUGCCUUACUCUCACGUCUUCAAAACAGGACUUGCAAGUGUCCAGAGCAGUCAUGUUCAAAUCAUGGGGAGGAGAUGCGGUGGAAGACCUCUUCAAUGGUGGCUCUUGUAGGGCCCCACCCUGAGUGCCCUCAAGUGCCAUAUCUAACAAGAAGCACCAUGGAGCCACAAGGAAAUGUGCCCCAGCCCUCCCAAUGCCCAGAAGCCAGAUGUGAAUUCAUGGAAAAUCCUAGGAGCUGGUCUGAAGAUAAGGAAAAAGGAUGGCUUGAACUGAUCAGCUCCAUACGUUUUCUUCAUUGUGCUUUGCAUCAAGAAACCAGGAGGACUAAAGAGCUACAAAAAGAGCUAGCCGAAAUGAAGAAGAUCUUUAACAUGCCCCCACAGGAAGGUCGUGGACAUGAAGGCAGAAGACAUAGUUGUCGUGAGGUUUCAAAAGUCAGUCAAGCUGAAAUGGGUGUUCCAGUUGCCAUGCUGAGACUUGAGGGGGAAGCAACAACUGCAGAAAAUUUAGUGUGCAUUCACAAGACUCCAACUGCCUCAUUCCUAACUCAGAUGGAACUUGAAAUGAAAAGUAUUAAAUCUGCCAUCGCUGAAGUGAGCACCCAGGAAUGCUUGGUUAAAAGAGAACUGGAAGUCAUGAAGCACCUUUACCGAGGAGAGUUAGAGCACAUAGACAGCGUGUCUGCCAUUGGAUCGGAAUAUGUAAAUGGAGAGAGAGGAGGUACAGAAAGAGAACCCGGGCCUUUCUACAAAAGCAGAGCCUCAGAGAACCCAGCUCAUGACUCACGUAGGCUGCAAAAGUAACUGGACAGUGUAACUCUGGACACUAUGUUGAUAAAUGAGCUUCCUCUAAAA